GGAUCGCUACAAACUCGUCGCCUUCUUGAAAAAUGCGGCGCCGCGAUUUCACAGCGAGGCAGUGACCGUACGGAAAGCUCCGCGCGUUGGGGGCCUCGGUAGCCCGACACCCGCUGGACACGUGAGGAGCGGGAGUGAAAAGCGGCCCGGUUCGGCACUGUGCGUCCUACGAAAAUGGCGGAUGGUCCCUAAAGAGCAGCUGGGCUGCAGGGCCGGGAGCGAGCGGCCUGGGCCAUGAAUGCUCCGGGCGGGGGCUGGGACGGGGCCUGCGGGGGCGUCCGGCUCCUCCUGGACCUACUACGACUUCCCUGGCAAAGAUGAUAUCCAAGAAAAGUGACCUGCUGCUUAACCAGCUGAGCUUUCUCCUUUGAGACUUUAUAGCCCUGUGCCCCAAGGUGUCUUCAGUGCUUGACAAAGAACAUUUCCAGAUAUGUUGCAGAUAUUAAGCCUUUGCCUCCCAACAUAAAAGAUAAGCUGAUAAAAUUAAUGAGUAUGCAAGGGCGGAUAACUGAUUCAAAUAUCAGUGAGGUGCUGCACCCAGCAGUGGAGACACUAGAUCUUAGAGAUUGUGAUAUUUCAGAUACUGCCCUGCUGCAACUUUGUAAUUGCAAGCAACUGAAAAAAAUUAACUUAAAUUCCUGUAAAGAAAACAGACUAGCCAUCACUUCAGAAGGAGUCAGAGCUCUGGCCUUGUCUUGCCCUUAUUUACGUGAAGCCUCAUUUAAAAGAUGCUGCAAUGUAUCAGACAGCGGAGUUCUGGCUCUGGCGCUCAAUUGCCAUCUUCUACAAAUAGUGAACUUAGGCAGCUGCUCAGGCAUCACUGAUGCAUCCCUGCACGCGCUUGGACAGAACUGCAGAUUUCUACACAGUGUGGAUUUUUCAUCUACUCAGGUGACUGAUAAUGGUGUCAUAGCACUAGUUAGUGGGAUGUGUUCAAAGAAUUUAAAGGAGAUCCACAUGGAACGCUGUGUGACUCUGACAGAUGUAGCUGUGGAAGCUGUCCUUACCUGCUGUCCGGAGAUCUAUAUUCUGCUGUUUCAUGGAUGCCCACUGAUAACAG